AUGCAGCAGCCCCUGAACUACCCGUACCCCCAAAUCUACUGGGUGGACAGCAGCGCCCCCUCCCCUUGGACUCCUCCAGGGACAGUCCUCCCCUGUCCCUCCUCGGUGCCUAGAAGAACUGGUCAGAGGAGGCCACCGCCGCCGCCACCACCACCACCACCACCACCACCACCGCCACUGCCACUGCCACUGCCACCCCUGCCUCCACUGCCACUGCCACCUCUGAAGAAGAGGGACCACAACCCAGGCCUGUGUCUCCUUGUGAUGUUUUUCAUGAUCCUGGUGGCCCUGGUUGCGCUGGGGCUGGGGAUGUUUCAGCUGUUCCACCUGCAGAAGGAGCUGGCCGAGCUCAGAGAGUCCUCCAGCCAACGGCAUAUGGAAUCAUCUUUGGAGAAGCAAGUAGGUCACUCCAUUCCAGCCUCUGGAAAAGGGGAACAGAGGAAAGUGGCCCAUUUGACAGGCAAGCCCGACUCAAGAUCCAUUCCUCUGGAAUGGGAAGACACCUAUGGAAUUGCCCUGAUCUCCGGGGUGAAGUAUAAGAAGAGCAGCAUAGUGAUCAAUGACACUGGGCUGUACUUUGUGUAUUCCAAAAUAUACUUCCGGGGUCAGUCCUGCAAGAAACAGCCCCUGAACCACAAGGUCUAUAUGAGGAGCCUGGAUUAUCCCAAGGACCUGGUGCUGAUGGAGGAGAAGAUGAUGGACUACUGCACCGUCGGCCAGAUGUGGGCCCGUAGCAGCUACCUGGGUGCGGUGUUCAAUCUCACCAGUGCUGACCACUUAUAUGUUAAUGUGUCUGAGUACUCUCUGGUCAAUUUUGAAGAAUCUAAGACAUUUUUUGGCUUAUAUAAGCUCUAA